GCGAGACAUCAGAACCAGCAUUCAUAUCUAAAGAGACCACAGACUCAGAGACUCAACGAUGAAGAUGCCAAAGCUUCUCAUCCUCCUCUUGAUCAUUUUGGUGCAUGCAGGUGCCAGUUUCCCCACUGAGAGAAGAGCUGGGCCAUCCCGAGACAAACACGCAUCCUGGGAUGACGUGAAUGUGUUGGCUCAUGGCCUGCUGCAGCUGGGCCAGGGUCUGAAGGAGCACGUGGACAAGACCAAAGCCCAGAUGAGAGACAUCAACACCAAACUGAAGACCUUUAACAGCACAGUGGCUGAGCUGAAGAGGAAGCAGCAGGAGCAAGAUGAAGCUCUGAAGGCCAGAGGAGAAGAGGGGGAGGAGAGAGUGAAGAUGGCUGCAGAGCUGGCUGAGGAGGUGAGGGUGAAGAUGGAGGAGGUGAAGAAGCAGAGCGAGGACAUGCACUCCAGGAUGGACAGGCUGGAGGAAGUGCUCACUGAGCCGACACUGGAUGGCAGCAACAGCAAUCACUCAGGAGACCCAUUUAUCCAGCGGCUGCUGGCAGCUCAGAACAGACGCAUUGACCAGCUGGUGGAGAAAAUCAAGCAACAACAAGACAAACUGGAGAAGCAGAGUCUGCACCUGCAAUCACUGCAGAGCAAGGUUGCACAUAAAAGAGUGAAAUCACACCAACGGAGAGAUGAAGGGAUGGCACUGAGGGGAGAGGCAGAGCAGAGUAAAACCACAUCAGGUUUCACCAGAGACUGUCAUGAUCUGUUUUUACAAGGGCAGCGAGCGAAUGGCAUCUACACGAUCCAACCAGUGAGCUCCCAGCCCUUCAAUGUUCUCUGUGAAAUGGCUUCAGAAGGUGGAUGGACCAUCAUUCAGAAACGUCAAGAUGGAUCCCAAAACUUCAAUAAGCUGUGGGGGAGCUAUAAGAAUGGCUUCGGCAGCCUGAAUGGUGAGUUUUGGUUGGGCUUGGAGAACAUCCACUCUCUGUCCAAACAAGGCCAGUACAUCCUGCAGGUGGAGCUCUCGGAUCAGGAGGGAGAGCAGCAGGCAGCUCGCUACCAGUUCCAGGUGGAGGGAGAGGAGAAGAUGUUUGCUCUGCACUUGAAGCAGGACUCUUCAUCUACUGUUCUGGAGGAAAUCAUGAACACUGGAGCCUCCGGUCUUCCCUUCUCCACAGCCGACAGAGAUAACGACCUCGUUGCUGACAUCAACUGUGCAGAGCUGCUCUCUGGUGGUUGGUGGUUUAGUAGCUGUGGUGAGUCAAACCUCAAUGGCAGAUAUCCCAGAAGGCCGAGCCAUAUCAGGAGACAGCAGUACAGCAGAAAAGCAAUGUUUUGGACAUCCACAAAGGGACAAAACAACUCUCUGAAGACCACACUGCUGAAGAUCGCACCCGCAACAAUAAAGCACUAAGCUUGUAUUCAGUAUGUCUCAGAAGGACUGAGCAGAGGACCACAGUUACCCAAAGCCAGAGACAAUGAGAAUGUGUUAACUUAAAUGUUGAAUUACAAAAUAUUUCUUUGCUAUGCCAUGUGAUAACUCUUGUUUGAGUGGACGGCUUCAGUCAUAUUGACAGUUGUAAAAUUAUUCCCUUCAUAGGGGGUUGACGUCUUAAUCUUAUUUUAUAGAACCUUCUGCAGGUGUUUACUUUGUACAGUUUCUUACUUUCAACAUUUAUACACUUUAAACAUUUUGUAUUUCAUUUGCAUGAAAAUGUUUGAAAGUUAAAUUUAUUUUGCCUUGAAGGUGUCACAAUGUAUGAACGCACGAACUCGAGUCACAAUAAAAUUUACUUGUUAAA